AUGGGAUCUACAAGAUUUGCCAACCCUGACAGUCAGUUGGCAGAAAUUCAAUAGACUAGUUGUUAACGUAUGCUUCUUCAAUGACUAUUUGCAGUGUGGCAAACUGCAGGUAGAUGGCACUAGUAUCAAGUCAGCUAGCUGAAUGGACAUACAUAAGGCGGUAGGUAGGGAGGAGCUUCAGUGAGUUCAGAUGAGAAAAAACUUUUCAAAAGCUAGCUGGUAAAAUUAUUCUAAAUGUUUGUUUGUGUAACUGUGUAAUUGUAACCUUGUCAGAAAGGGCAUGAACCCACCACACUUUAUUGGAUUAGGAAGGUAUUUAUACAUCUGUGAGGGAGCAUGGAAAUAGAAUGCCCAGCUCAUUCAAAUGGAUUAUUUGCCUUUGGAUACAAGUCCAGCAUGGGGAAAGAAAAUCCAAGAUAACAAAGUAUGUUUAUUGGUGUUAAGUGGUCGGCACCAAAGUUAAGUUAAAAACAUUAACUGAGUUAACCUCACUGUGCCAGGAACAAAGUGGAAGUUCAAACAGUUCUAAGAUGAAGGAAGAAGGCAGUGUAGAAGAUAUUGGUCAUCAGACGUAAGCCCAUUUCAUACAAUUAAAAAAUAACAGCUGACACAGGAGACUUAAGAUAGGACGAGUCAGUUGCAAUCAUUUCAGAUUCUCACCACCAGUCAACAUGAAUAACUCAACCACCCCUGGAAUAGAUGUGAACACAACAGAUCAAGACUCUGCCUCAGUGUUUGCUAAGUUCAUGACAGCAGGGGUAGUGAUAGGAUUUGUUGGAUUUGUGGAAAAUUUAAUAUCACUGAUAGCACUUUUGAAUAUGAGAAGACCCUUUGAAGCGUUUCACCUUCUGCUCAUCAAUUUGGCAGUCUCAGACCUGGUGGUAGUGGGUCUAGCUGCUGUGGGAUCUCUUAUAAUGCUGGUCAACUUCAAUUUGGACCAGUGUGAUUCUAUGGUGUUUGUGGCCCGUGUCAUCAUGGAGAUGUCGUACAUUGCCCUCCUCACACCUGUAUUAGCAACCUCUGCUCUAGUUGUCAACCAGUAUCUUGCCAUUACCAAACCACUGCGCUACCAGACAAUUGCCACACAGCGCAGAAUAGCUGGCUCUAUCAUAGCUCUGUGGGUGGCCACAGCACUGAUUGGGGUAAUUCUGCACAUAGCAGGCUACCCAAAGUUGUUUGAAGAUCCAGGAUGCAAUAUUUAUGGUGAAAAUUCUAACUACUUAGUCAUCCGAUCGGCUACAUUCACAGUCCUCCUGAUUCUCAUCACAGCAUUAGUUGUUAUCGUUUACAUUCAAAUGUUUUAUGCUAUCAAACAACGUGUCCUGACUUCAGCAGUCCACCAACAAGAGCGUAGCCACCAUGCUGAUCACAAACUUAACAUCACCAUUGCUAUCUUGUUUGGAACAGUGCUCCUAUUCUGGAUUCCUGGUAUUGCUGAUAGCAUUUUGGUCAUUUUCAUGAUGGCCGGGACCCACUUCACCAUGGAAUUUGUCAUCUUUCACCAAGUGACCAAUCUACUCUUUCUAGCCAAUGCUUUGAUCGACCCUUUCAUCUAUGGGAUAAGACUACAAGAGGUGCGUGCUGGCUACCAGAAACUAUUCAGACAUUUGUCAAAGUUGCCUUGUUCAGAAGAAGAUGCAUUUUUCAAGGAAAAGAACAGGAAAGUUUCCUACACACAGUGCCAUACUACUACUACAGAGGAUGUUAAAACUUCUAACAUUUAACAAGGCAAUGGAACUUGAUAAAUCCUAAAAAAAAAAAUAAAAAUAACAAUGAACAAUAAUAGUGAAAAUUGCACUUGACCUGAACUCCAUGUCACCUGAGUGUAUCACCAAGAGUAUGUGUAAAAAGUUCAUAAAAGAGAAGCAAUCAAGGUGAUUAUUGAAAGGAUGUAAUGUAAGUACUUGUAUGCCUGUGUGAUACAAUAGCUGAACAGCAGAUAAGACUGAUAUCAAUAUCAUUGCAUACUUCAGAAAUUUUAAACAGUUUGCUGUGCUUUACAGUCCUUUGUGGAAUUUUAUAUUAGUAGUAGGAUGCCUAUAUUAACUCUCAUUUAUUCACAGGUGUAGACAGGAGACAGGUGUUUUGAUGACUUAUAAAUAAAAUGGCUUGUUUUCACUGGAUAAAGCAUGCAAGGCAUGACAGUUUGCUACAUAGAACUUUGAGGUUUGUGGCCAUUACAAGCAUUUUUGGGUAAUUUACCGAUUUGAUUGGGGAAUCUUUUAUAUCACAUUGUCAGGUUUUCUUGAUUAGAUGUUAUUAUAUAAUAAGAAUUCAACUAUUUCACAAAUAAAAUUUUCAAUUUGGUUGAUGAGCCCUUGUUAUAAAAUUGUAUAACAACUGUAUUAUAAUGAAAAUUAAUGUCUUGGUCAGACUAACAGUUGAUGAUGGAAAUAAUGUAUUUGAGAUAAAAAUAUAUCAGCAGUUAAACUACUGAUAUCACAUUAGUUCUUAAAAUGUUUCAGAAGAGAAAAUGCCUUAAAGCUUUAUAUG